GGGCAACAGGGGACCCCUUCCCUUGCGAGGGCCGCUGUGGGGGGCCACGGUGGGGCUGGCUGGGGGGCAGCCAGCAUGAGCCCCGCUGCUUGACGGGCAGGAGGGAACUCCCUUCCCCUGUGAGGGGCCAUGGCGGAGCCCUUACGAAGGGCUGUCGUGCGGGGGCUGCGCUCACCGGGCCGGGCGGGUGCACGGGAUGGACCCCCGGCGUGGCGGGGCUUUGCCCCAGCGCCUGCGGGGAUCUGGGGCAGCGCGGGGCCGGGGUGGAAGCUGGGGGUCCUCCCACCCUGCGCGGUUCGCGCUCCCUCGGCUGCUCCCCCUCGGCCCCGUCCCGCCGCCGCCCCCCGCCCGCUGCUGGGCGCCGCUCUCGGGGCGGGGCGCGGCGGGGCUUGGGCGCGGCGACGGCGGCUGCGGGUGCCCGUGCGACAAUAAACUGCGCUGAGCGGCCCGGUGUGCGGCUGUGGGUGCCCGUGCGACAAUAAACUGCGCUGAGCGAGCCGGUGUGCGGCUGUGGGUGCCCGUGCGACAAUAAACUGCGCUGAGCGGCCCGGUGUGCGGCUGUGGGUGCCCGUGCGACAAUAAACUGCGCUGAGCGAGCCGGUGUGCGGCUGUGGGUGCCCCGUGCACGGCUGUGGGUGCCCUGCGGGACAAUACAGACAGCACACCGCGCCGAGCGACUCGCCGUGCGGGGACGGGCCGGUAACGGGGACGGGUGCACAUUUCUAACGGGAGUCGCAGCCAUGGCCACGGUGGGGACACCCGGCCCCCCCAGCGUCCCUCGUCACACCAACCGCCUGAUUAACGAAAAGUCCCCGUACCUCCUGCAGCACGCCCACAACCCUGUGGAUUGGUACCCUUGGGGUCAGGAAGCCUUUGAUAAAGCAAAGACAGAAAACAAGCUGAUAUUCCUAUCAGUUGGCUACUCCACCUGCCACUGGUGCCAUGUCAUGGAGGAGGAGUCCUUCAAGAGCAAGGAGAUCGGGGAGAUCAUGAAUGAGCACUUUGUGUGCAUCAAAGUGGAUCGUGAGGAGCGGCCAGAUGUGGACAAACUGUACAUGACCUUCGUGCAGGCCACCAGUGGUGGAGGUGGUUGGCCCAUGAGUGUCUGGCUGACCCCAGACCUCAAGCCCUUUGCUGGGGGGACGUAUUUCCCUCCUGAGGAUGGAGUUCAUCGUGUCGGCUUUCGGACUGUGCUGCUCCGGAUCGCAGAGCAGUGGAAGGAGAACAAAGAUGCCCUGUUGGAGAGCAGCCAGAGGAUUCUGGAAGCAUUGCAACACACAUCUGAGAUCCGUGUGCAGGGCCAGGAGUCGCCCCCACCACCCAAAGAGGUGUUGGACACCUGUUUCCAGCAGCUCUCCAGAUCCUAUGAUGAGGACUAUGGUGGCUUUUCCAAAUCCCCCAAGUUCCCCACCCCAGUGAAUUUGAAUUUCCUGUUCACGUACUGGGCCCUGCACCGAACAACUCCAGAAGGUGCUCGGGCAUUGCAGAUGGCUCUGCACACCCUCAAGAUGAUGGCCCAUGGGGGCAUCCAUGACCACAUUGGUCAGGGGUUUCACCGCUACUCCACUGACCAGCACUGGCAUGUCCCUCACUUUGAGAAGAUGCUCUACGACCAGGGGCAGCUGGCAGCCAUGUACAGCAGAGCCUUCCAGAUCUCUGGUGAUGAAUUCUUUGCUGAUGUUGUCCGAGACAUUCUGCUCUAUGUCUCACGGGACCUGAGUGACCAGGCAGGAGGUUUCUAUAGUGCAGAAGAUGCAGAUUCCUACCCGACCACCACAUCUGGAGAGAAGCGAGAAGGAGCUUUCUGUGUGUGGACAGCCGAGGAGCUCCGGGCUCUCCUUCCUGACCCUGUUGAGGGGGCCACAGAGGGGACAACCUUGGGAGAUGUCUUCAUGCACCACUAUGGAGUGGAAGAGGCUGGCAACGUGGACCCCAUGAAGGACCCCCAUCAGGAGCUGAAGGGCAAGAACGUCCUCAUUGCCCGCUGCUCCCCGGAGCUGACGGCAGCCCGGUUCGGGCUGGAGCCGGGCCGGCUGAGUGCCCUCCUGCAGGAAUGCCGCCAGAGACUGUCCUCAGCCCGGGCACAGCGGCCACGGCCACACCUGGACACCAAGAUGCUGGCGGCGUGGAAUGGGCUGAUGAUCUCAGGCUUUGCCCAGGCUGGGGCUGCCCUGGCUGAGCAGGGAUAUGUGAGCAGGGCUGCACAGGCAGCUGCCUUUCUGCGGACACAUCUUUUCGACCCCGACAGCGGGAGGCUGCUGCGGAGCUGCUACCGGGGCAAGGACAACUCAGUGGAGCAGAGCGCUGUGCCCAUCCAGGGCUUCCUGGAGGACUAUGUCUUUGUCAUCCAGGCACUCUUUGACCUGUAUGAAGCAUCACUGGAGCAGGGCUGGCUGGAGUGGGCCCUGCAUCUCCAGCACAUGCAAGACAAGCUCUUCUGGGACCCUAAAGGCUUUGCUUAUUUCUCCACCGAGGCCGGCGAUCCCUCCCUGCUCCUGCGUCUCAAGGAUGACCAAGAUGGAGCAGAGCCCACCCCCAACUCUGUCACUGUCACAAACCUGCUCCGAGCAGCUUGUUACUCUGGUCAUAUGGACUGGGUGGAAAAAGCUGGGAAGAUCUUGUCUGCCUUCUCAGAGAGGCUGCAGAAGAUCCCAAUAACCCUGCCAGAGAUGGCCCGGGCCACCGCUGUCUUUCAUCACACCCUCAAACAGGUCGUCAUCUGUGGGGACCCCCAAGGAGAAGAUACCAAAGAGAUGCUGCACUGCGUCCGCUCCGUCUUCAGCCCAAACAAGGUGCUGAUGGUCGCAGAUGGAGACAGCGCUGGGUUCCUCUACCGCCAGCUGCCUUUCCUUUCAUCCCUGGAGAGGAAGGACGGGAAAGCCACCGCCUACAUCUGCAGCAACUUUACCUGCUCCCUGCCUGUCACCUCUGUCCAGGAGCUGCGUGGGAUGCUCAGCCCAUGAGCCCCUCAGUCCUGCUGCCUGCAGGAAGGGGACAGACUGGCUUGGGAACAUGGGAGAACCCCAUAGUAGAGGCAUCCUGAUUGCCAUUCCAGAUGGUUCCUGGCAGUGCAGUGGGGCUGUGCCCUUCCCCACCUGCAGCAGGUUGGUGUCUGCUUGCACUCGUGCUCCAGCAGCAUCUCAGCACAACCGACUGUGGUCCUGGGUGCUGUUUUUGGCAUGGCCAGGAGACACCCACUGAGGAACAACUCCUGCCCCUGCACUCACACUUGCUUCUUGCCUCUUCUUGCUGGGGAAAAGGAAAACAAAUUAAAUAUAAAUCCCAGUGUUAAUGGAGAAGUCAGCUGGGAAAACUGUUAGGGUUCCUAUAGCAACCCAGGGUAACACUGUCAAAAGCACCUGGAUGACUUGGGAGUCAAGUGCUCUUGAAAGCGUUACUGGCUACGACAGCUGUGGUAUUUUUCCAUUACAGAGAAGAUUGUAACAUACAUUAACUUAAUAUGUAGUGCAUGAAAAAACCCUGCUGAUUACAACUGAUGAAAGCUUUAUUCUCCUUUUCCCCCCCACCUUCCCUCCUUGUCCUCCCUGCUUCCAAAUGGGUGAGUACCAGGUUUUCAGCAUCCCUCUGACACCCUGGGCUCCCCCAGCACGGCACUCCACAUCUCAGCUGGCUGGGUGCCGUCAUCUGGCAGCAAAAUGGCACUGCCCACUGUCUUUCCAGUGGGUUGUGCCAGGAUUUGGGGGUAACUAGCCAGGAGAAAUGCCUUUGAAGUCAAAUUGGAAUUUUGCACUUCAUCUGAAUGCUUUCUAUGUUUGUGGAAGAGGAGGGAUUUUGUUUUCUCUCUUCUCUUGCUUUUAAAAGCUGAAGUGUUUCUGGAAAUCCAGCUGAAAAUUGCUGGUUUGGCAGAUGGCUGCCUGCUUUCCUCUGGGGUUUUUUGCCUUUUUUUUUUUUUUUUUUUUUAACUUGGCAUCUCUGCUGCGGGGAUUGAUUUGACACCCAUCCUCAGGAGUGCUCGGAGCGAGUUGGUUUGUGUCUGCCGGGAGAGCAGGGCUGGUGCUGAGUGCCAGUGUGGAAGCCCACGUGUCUCAGAUGCCACAAUGCCAGCUGUCCCCGGGGUGGCACGGGGCUGGGGUGAUGUGCUGAGCCCCUUUUGGUGCCCACCAGCCCACUGUGGCACAGACACAGGGUCCUUUUCUCCCACACCAUGUUGCUUGUUGGCAUCUCUGUGAGCAGCCCCCAGGCAGAGCUUUGCUGUGAACCUCUGUCAGGAUCAAUUGGGUUCACCUCUCGGUAAAAAAUAAACACAACAAAAAAGAAUGAGAAGUUAUUGUUGAUGAAUAACUGCUGUUGUGGCACCUCUGUCCUCCCGGUGCCUCUCCCUUGCUGCUGUCCCUGGGGGCUGGUGGCCAUGGUCUGUGCUUCCCACACUCUGCCUGUCCCCAGAGCCACCUCUGGGCUUUAUGGCCUUAGCAGGGGUGGCUUUGCUUGAGUUCUACUGCAGCCCCCCUUCUGGACCCCUUGGUACCCCUUGGUUUGGUGCUGGGGCACCCAGGGGUGCUGCUCUUCUGGUGGCCAUGGUUAAACCCUCCCACUGGUGCUUCUUGUCCUGUCCUGUCAUCCCUUUCCUGUCACCAACCCUCUGAUUUCAUGGCAAAUGCUGUUUUGCUGUGAGGAUUCUUUUCUGGGGCAGUUACCAGGAGACAGGGCUGGUGGGUGCUGCCCAGGCUCUCAGGAGGAUGGUGGAAUGGGAUCUCCAGGCUCAGGGGUCCUGUGCCACUUCAGAGUGUCUAUUUUCCCGAUCCCUUCCCACAUUCCCUUUGGUGGCAGAUGCAAGGGCUUUCUCCAUCAGUGCAGAGGCUCAGGGUGGCUGGAGGCAGCAUCCUGUACUCCCUCUGCUCCUUUCCAGCUGCAGAGCUGUCAAAAAAGCUCUCCAAAAACACAUCACAUAAUUGAUGUGCUGCUUUUUGCCCACAACCACUUGGGUUUGCCGUCAGGCUGCUCCAGAGGGCACAGGGGGCUUCCUCCUGCCUGGGGACUCCGGGCUCCCCUGGGAGCCCCAGCAGCUGUGGAUGGGGAGAAACAGGUUUUCCCUUGGUGUCUUUAAUUUAAACACCUGCUUUAACAUUUAACACUGACAUUGGGGGAUGUGCAGGGCACCCCAUUGCUCAGACCACCAAGGCAUGGGACACCCACCGUGCCCCUUUGGGGGGUCUGGGACAUGUGGGGUGAGGGGGAGGCAGCGCCAGCAGCCACCCUCGCUGCGCUAAUGAGGCUUUCCCUCUAAUUAAUAUUCCUUGGAAAACCCAGCACUGGUUCUGGAUUUCUCAGCUUUUAUCUCCUGUGGCAUUGAUGUGACAUCAAUGGGAAAUGGGCUUUGAACGCUGUUUGUUGUGGGGGAUGCUGCAUCUGUGGGAGAGGGGGGAUGGAGAAGGGUGUCCCAAGCCUGGAUCCAACCCUGCUCCUAUGUCAAUACCCCUGUCCAAAACACAUGGAGGGGUGCAGUUUGGGCGUGCCAGCCUUUGAGAAGGUACAUCAGGCAAAAUACUGAGGUUUUUUAACCUGGGCACAUGGUUCACUCACACAUGAGCACCCAGGUCUGGCACGGCUGAGCACCCCAUUGCCCCAUGCUUGGGUGGCCAAGUAGUCAACACGUGAGCACUGAUCUGCUUAUGCCUGAGUGGCUGAUUAGCUCCUGCCUGAGGGUUAUUUUGGGCAUGAGCAGGCAGGUUUUGGUAGCUGGGGGUGCUGCCGGAGGAGGUUGGGAAGUGCUGCUCAGUGGUUGCUCUGAAAGUGAUGGAGAGGCUCCAUAAUGCCCCAAAAUAUUAGGGGAGCCUACGACAGGCAGGUGCAGGGGGGCAGGAGAUGUGGGGCUGGUAUGAGGAGUCCCUCCAAGUCAGUCCUGUGCCGUUGAGCCCAGUAACUCCAGUGUUCACCCAGAGGGAAUGUGCGGCCAGCAAGCUGCCAUGGUGAAUCCCCUCAAUUCCAGCCGCCUCUCCUGGGUAAUUUGGGGUGCUUGCUGCGGUCCCCUUGCAGCAGGAGGUGGGUGGGGUAUGUGUCGGGUUGCACCAACCCUCCUCUGGCAUCCCAUGGAGCAUCUGCAGGCAGUGGAGGGGGCUGGGGGACUCAGCAGCUCCUGCUGCCCCUCCCUGCCCCAGCAUUUGCCUUGCACAGAUGUUCACACCAUCCAGCUCCAACUAAUUCCAAUAUCCCUGACAAGUGAAUUUGCAGCUGAGGCUGGCCGACACUUGCUCAAAAUGUGCUUCUUUCUUUUUAAACUGACUUUCCAUGCAGAUGAGUGCCAGGGACCAAGGGGACACAGCCAGGCUGUGCUGUGGGGACUCUGUGGGGGUAUCCCCUGUGGCUCAGCUGCUGCUUUCCCCUCCCACAAAAGUGUGUCCUGGCCAUUUCUACCCAAACCCUACAUCACCUCUGCACGGCCCUAGAGCAUGUGCCCUGCCUGGCCUCUCCCAGAGCCCCUGUGUGCUCCAGAGCUGUGCAGGGGAGCUCGCAGCUCUCCCCAGGCUGGCUGCCUUUGCCAGGUGCACUGGCCAAGGUGUUUUGAGGACCAUCAUCCCCAUGCGAUGCUCAGCUGCUCCGAACAGGCUCUGCACCCACGGGCCGAUGCUUCGGAGCAGUUGAACACUUGGAAGUCUCCCAUUCCUGCCUGGCAGCUGCAGCAACCCCAUCCAUUUGUAAAGGGCAUGCCAUGGCUGGGAAGGCAGGGAGGGAUGGGGAGGGAUGGCUGGAGGCCAUCGACACCAAUUAAGGGUUAUGCAAUGGACACUUGGCCAUUACAUGGCCAUUAAUCCUCCUUUAAUAUAGUUUUGGUAUUUACUGACUGUGGUAACUGUUGCAUUAAAUCAAACUUAAAUGUUUAUUUUGAAGACUCUACAGAAGGGUGGAGGAGGAUGUCCAGGGAGGAAGGUGCAGGUUUGUGGGUGCCUGGGUGGGAGGGGGGUGUACAGAGGAAUCAGAAGUGCAGUGGAGGGAUGGCCUUGCCAUGAGUAUGGGGAUGUCCCCAGGUGCUGUGCCAGGCUGUCAGUGCAGGUGAGGUGACAGUGGCAUCUCCGCUGCCUGCGGCACUUUGUGAGCUGCUAAAUUAGAGGUGAGAGAUGCUGAGGGCUCCCAGGGAGCCUGGGCUGCUAAUCAAAGGGGAACAAGCUCUGCUUUCCAUCUGGGGUUUUAUCCAAGGCUCCAGGAGGGCUGAGGCUGCUCCUCUCCCCAUGGCCGAGUGGAAUUUGGAAUUAACUCCUUGUGUGCUGCAGCCUGGCAGGAGCAGGUAGCAAUAUUUCAUGAUAUCACCUGCAACUAAAACCCACAUCAGGAAUGCUGAGGCUUGGAGGAAGCCAGAGCUGAGAGGCAAUGCCCAGAUUUUGGGGGCAAAUCUCCUGCUGGAAUAGCAACUCCCAGCCAUAGAAACUAGGUUUCUGGCUGCAGCGUGGAUGUCCUGAGGCAACUUCCCUGGUGCCUCUGGGCUGAUGCCUGCUGGCUUGUUUGGGGUUUUUACCCACAGAGAAGAAACCUGAAUGUCCCUGUGUGACCCAGCACUCUCCUCCCCGUCCCUGACACCCAUGAAUCUGGGACAGGCAGAGCUGGGCUCGCUGCAAUUAUCCGUGGAUUAACGGCAGCUAAUUUAGUUUGAGUCACAGAAGCUAAACUGGAUCGAUACGGGGUGAAGAGAAUAAAGGAGGAAUCGAUAGGUAUUCAGAAAUGCAGAAAUGAGGUUGCACAUCCCUGUGGGAUGAUGCUUUUGGGGCUGGGGCAGCGGUGCUGCCUGAGCGCUGUGGGGCUGGGAGGGAGCGGUGGGGACAUGGGAGCGGGUGGCGGGCGAUCCCCGGGGCGGUGCACGCCAGAACGGCAGAACUGCGACUCAGCACAAGGCUUUCAUCGCGUUUGUGCAGCUCAGCAGACCGGAGGCUGCCGUGACAGGCGAGAGCUGCGGCUCUGCGGGAUCCGAGGCACGGCUUUGACAGCCGGCCCCCGCCGGGGCCAGUGCCGGUGCGCUCUCACCCGCUCUCCUGGGGCCGCCGGGAAACCGGUUUGAUGUUCAACCACAAUUUGGAUACGAGCUGGCUUGGGCCACCUGCAAGGUGUGCACCCACCGGGCAUCCUCACAGCGGCAUGGAAACUGGGCAUGUCCCGGUGACCUCUGGGGUUUCUGUGCUCCCGUGGCACCACUGAGGGCUUGGUCUGUCUCCCUCGUGUUGCUGCCUCCUGGCCUGGCAGCAGGGCACGAGGCAGGGUCCUUUUUCAUAGCUGACAGCCCAUGAAUAUUUAUAGCAGCAUAUUAAAAAUGGCCUCUGCAUCCCAAAUUAGUCACGAGGCCCUGGGUAGAGGCAGGGCGUUGGGUGCAGUGGCACUGAUGUCACCCCUGGUCAGAUGGCAGUGGCAUGGUGCCUCAGCUGGGAUGGGAUGGAGCAAGGGAUCCCUGUCCCUCUGGGGCUGCCUGAGUGACUCUCAGGUCUUGCCUUUGGAUCAGGCUCUGCUCCCGUGGGUGACCCUCUCAUCCCUCCUGGGAGCCUGCUCAGGGUGCCAACAGUGCACAGAUUUCUACACCUCUUGGCUUCUCUUGCUCACCAUCUUGUGCUUUAAAACUCGUGUCUUAGUGGCUGUGAAUGAAGGUUCCAUCAGCUGCUGCGGGCUGUGGGAGCUGCUACCUCCACCACGUGCUGUGGAUGUGCUGCCUCUGGGAUGCUGCCAGAACAGGUGUGUUUAUCUCUAAGAAAAUAAAGGAAAUCCAUGUUUUGGUGAACAAAUAGAAAUUGAAGGGAAAAAAGAUGGAGAUAAAGCUAUUUCCCAUCUCCUGAGGGGUUGGUAGAGGUAAUAGAGAGAAGAAUCUAAUUUAGAAGGAAUCUACAAAGACAGAAGUGCUGGAGGGGUCCUGGUUGUAGUGUGAAGCUGCAGCCUGAGCAUUGAUGGAGCAAACCCAUGGGGAUGGGAUGUGCCCUGGCAAGAGUAGGUGUCCCCCUGGUGUUUGGAAACCCUUCAGCCCAUGGGCAGGCUUCACCAGGGGCUAAACUCUGGCAGGGGAAGGGUUCUUGCUUUGCUUUCUGUGGCCAGCACUGGCGAGGAGCUCAGGGAGAGCCCAGUCUGGGAGGAGGGAGGCAGAGGAGGAGGACUCUGUGCUGGGAGCAGGCAGGCAGAGGCAGUGAGGCAGAGCAAAAGGAGAUAGUAGACAAAAUCAGGAGGUAAUCAGGCUGGAAACACACCCCGGGGAGGGAAAGCACUGAGCACAGCUGGGUUAACCCAGGUCAGUGCAGGGCAGAGGUUCAGUGUCAGCGUCCCUGUGACUGCAGUGCUUUGGCAGAGCCCCCGAAGGGGAGUGGGGUGGAGGGGACAGAAAGGGCCCGGUGUCCUUUGAGACUUGAGAAGCACAGGCAAAAACCCCUCUAAGGAAGGUGCUGUUCUCUCUCCACACCACCUCCCCAUCCUCCGGUCUGCCCUGCUGCUCUGGGCUCCCUCCUCACAUGCUAAUGAUGGUCCUGGAUGCUGCCACUAAUGAAGGGCCUCGGCUUUGAUCGCCAGCACAGAUCCUGCGCUUGUUUCUGGCUGAGAUCCUUGUGGCACUAAUGAAGUCCCCAAAUCCCUUUUAUCUCCCAGGACAGCCAAGGGGAAGGGCUGCAGUGCAGCGGGAGUCCUGCAGCCCCCCCGAGGAGUGUAGCACCCAGGCUCCUCCUGAGCCCGAUCUCCAUGGCAACACUGCGGGAUGCUGCUGCCGGGUGCUCCUGCUGGAUGCUCUUACAAGGCCACCGAGGGGAAUCCCAGCAGCCUGGGAACUUUGGCAGGGUCAGGGAGAAAAUGCCUGUCUGGGUUAAGAGCAUGCCUGCCUGCCUGUGUGUUCUGUCCACCCACAGAAAUAUCCCUGUGGAUAUUGCUCAGAGGCUCUGCUUGAUCCCAGCAGCAGCCACUUACAACUCACUCAGUCCACGCAACCUCUCCAGUGAUGAUGAGCAUCUCCCAGAACAAACAAUUACAGAAUUAACCCCAAAGGCCUUUCAGCCUCUAAUUUUCCAUCCCUGACCAUGUCCUUAGCUUGGCUUUGAUGAGCUAAGGGAUAGAAAACCCCAGCAUUUCCAUAACACGGCACCAGUGCAGCCUUUGGCUCUUGAUAUAUAUUUCUCCUUAACAUCUGUCUUUCCUUUUUUGCUGUGGUUUUUAUUGCCAGGCACAGGGGGCUCAGGAGUUCUUGUGGUGCAUUGGGAGGGGGCUGUUUCAGGUGAAUGCAUGAGCUGGUUUUCAGGGAAAUGGGAUCCAUCCUGCCUCCCUGAGGGUCUCCUUCAGGAUGUCUUAGGGCAAAAAUCAGCCCUGCAGAGGAAACACGUUGCUGUGUUGUUGCUUGCUGGGAUGGAGGUGUCUUGAGGGGGCUGCCCUCUUCUCUCAAAGUUGUCCCCCUCGUUCCCCCAGGCUGUGCACUGGGGAGCUCGAGCUGCUCCCCUUCAUUUGUUGUCAUUUAUCUAUAAUUUAGAGUGGAGUUUAGUUAUAUUCUAAUUGAGUUUCAUGUGUCACAGCGUGUCUCAAACAGAAAAUAAAAUAUUUAACAACCUCCACUGGUAAUAAAGAUUCACAUUUGCCUCA